UCAUCUUUGACCGUUGAUGCCGUUGCGAUAAUGGUUUAUCACCAAAUCCGGGCCUCUACGGGGCCGUUCUUGGCAAUCGCAAUUGACUUUGGAACGACGUACUCAGGUGUUUCAUACGCAGUCUCGACGUUCCCCGAUUCAAUUGUUCCGAUCACUGGAUAUCCAGGCAGUGAGGUCGGAUACAAUGAUCCCGUCCAAGUUCCCAGCGUGCUCGAUCUCGAUACAGGGAAAUGGGGUUACGAGGUGGCACCGAGCAUGAAGCCUAUGAGGUGGUUCAAGAUGCUGCUCCUCAGGGAAGAAGAUAUUGGAAAAGACACUAUACAAGACGCAGUGUACGUGAGAGAAGCGAGACAACAGCUCCGAGAGCGAGGAAGAUCGGCCGAAAAUGUGGUUUCCAUAUUCCUAUCCAAGCUCUGGGAGCAUACUCUGGCGCAGCUCGGGACGAAGAUGCUCGACGGUCUGCCAUUCAAAGUGGCCAUCACCGUGCCCGCCAUUUGGCCUCCAUACGCCGAAGAGGCCAUGAGACGGGCGGCCCAAUCAGCGGGUAUCCUCGAAUACCGACAUGCUGGAGAUACAACUCUAGAGCUUAUCCAGGAACCUGAAGCUGCGGCACUGUCGAUAUUGCUUGAGCGGAGGAGUCUUCCAGAGAUUGCGGCAAGUCUGAAGUUCAUAGGUUACCGAGUUAUAUCUAAUCACUCUUGCAGGCUGGAAACUCAUUUGUCGUUUGCGACGCGGGAGGUGGCACAGUUGUAUGAUGUUAUCAGCUAUAUGAUCAACUCUACGAAUCCUUAUCAGGUCAAAGAAUGUGUAACCGGAGACGGCAAGCUAGCAGGUGCGACGUUGAUCGACGAAGCAUUCGUGAACCAUCUCUAUACCAGAACGAGCCUCAAGAUUAACGACCUCGGGCGUGACGAAUACCAGUCCUUCAUGGCGCGAUGGGAGAUGAACCCGAAGAGAUUGUUUAACGGCCAGCCAGAGCAGCCCGACUUCGUGUUUGAUGCACCCAUCAAAGCAGUCAGGGCAUGGAAUCGGGUGAGGAAGAAGACCGAGUUUCGAUUAACCAGCGAGGAGAUGAGAUUCUUCUUUGACAAGUCGUAUACCGGUAUUCGGAUGUUGAUUAGCGAGCAGCUCAGACGAGUAAAACAGGCGACGGGCCAGAGGCCGAAUCACAUCUUUCUUGUAGGCGGGUUGGGCGACUCUCCUUAUAUUUACAAUAAGCUCAAAGCUCUAUAUGAAAAUAUCACAGUACUCCGACCUCAUUCUCGGUGGUCGGCUGUAGCGUCUGGUGGUGUUAUGCGGCUGCUACGAGACGGAAUUAUCACCCACGCAUCGCCUAGUCAAGAGAAGGAGAGGAUUCUACAGUCUCUCCCCGAGGUCACUUCUCGCAAGUCACGAUAUAGCUACGGCAUCGCGGUGAGAUGCAGCAUCGAAUACCUCGACGACUUUGACAAGGAUAAGGACGAGGUGGAGAUAGACGCGGAGGGGAGGAACGUUACAUAUCGGAUGAAGUGGUAUCUAGUCAAGGGCGAGGAAGUACUACGCCAUUCACCAGUCAAGGUCCCCUACACAAAAUACGUCCAAGACGAGCUCCCACCCAAAUGCAUCUUUUCCAUCAGAUACAGCCGCGAGUCUGAACCACCCAGAAGACGCGAAGGCACAAAGAUCCUCUGUCAGAUCGAGUGCGAUUGGGAUAAACCCAUAGAUCAGUGGAAGCGCGUAGGCAAUCCCUCCGAUGGAUGGAGGAAGUACGACGACCUUGCGCUGGCCAUGACAUUUAAGGGGGGUCAGCCAAAGUGGCAUCUGCGGGUGGGGACCAAUACGGAGGUGCAGAAUGUUCAGAUAAAAUAUAUGGAUUGA